AUGUUUUGCACUGUGUUUCAGAGGUCAUUGCAGAGAGCACUUGACAGAAGACUUUAUCUUCUUAUCUAUGGUAACACACAUGGAUCUCCUAAUGGAAAGCUAGUCUGGCAUUUUCCAGAAAAAGUGUACGAGUCUGAGGAGACAUUGCGGAAGUGUGCAGAAUCUGCAUUACUGUCUGUCCUAGGUGAUCUGUCCCACACAUAUUUUGUUGGAAAUGCUCCUAUGGGACAUAUUGCAAUGGAGUCAUCAGCGAAUGUGACCGACUCUCCAUCUUUCAAGCAAUUCUUUUUCAAGUCUCAAGUGAUUGCAACAAACAAGUUAAAAAUUGGGAAGUGUGAGGAUUUUGUUUGGGUGACCAAGGAUGAAUUGAUGGAAUAUUUUCCUGAGAAAGCUGAGUUCCUCAGCAAGAUGAUCAUUAGCUGA